AUGUUCCACCUGAGCAAGACGCGUAUUCUUUUUUCUUCCCCGUCGACAGAUUGGCUCAAUAUCUUUGCACUGAGGACCCGGGGUGGGUCUGAUAGAGGCCGCAGUGCUGAAACCAACCCCGGUGCCAGACCCAAGACCGGCGUCAACUCCGCUGUCGGAUUCUCGCUCAAGCUGUGCACGCAUCGUCGAGGCAGGUCUGCUCAGGAGCCCGGUCUGGGUUCCCCCGACGACUUCCAGUCCUAUUCGGAUGGGCAAUACAACGCCAGUGGAGCCACAUACGCGGAACUGAAUACGUAUUGCGAGAUCCCGGACAGGAGCGGGUUGAGUAGUGCCUACGGCAAUGUCGAGGAACAGGGCUCGAAUCCCUCGAGCGCGUAUUACUCGGACGCGUCGGUGAACAGUCAUCGUGGGGGGCGGCACUCGCCGUCGCAAGCGUCCGUGGAAGUGGCGACUAUUUGCGGCGGUAAUCACCACCAUCAUCAUGCUCAGCCCGGGUUGCAUCACCCGCACGAAAUUCUCGGUCCGGGCGUGCGGCCUGUGCCGGGAUUACAGCUGGCCAUGCAUCCGGCGCGGAACGUGCCGCACCACCACCACUGGUUCUCUGCGCCACGGGCGUCCAACGUGUGUAACUGUGGGCGCAUGCGCGGCGCAAGGCUCCCGCAGCCGGGCAGAGGCGGCUGGGUCAUCCCGUUGGCGGAGACGAUCGUGGCGCCGCCGAAUGCGACACCACCGUCCCCGCCGCCGCCACGCAUGCCGCUACAACACUCGUAUCCACAUCUCGUCGAGCUCCACCACGUGCAUCACCACCGCCAACACGUUCACCCUGACGGCGAGGAUUUCACUCGGCGGCCUUCGCAGCGGCAGGUGAAUCGCGAUGACGGCGGCACGGACGCCAUGAACGGCAGCGGAUCCGACUCUGGGAUCAUGGUGUCGUCGUCGGGCCCGCUGGCGGCAGCUCAACACGCGCCGCAGCCUUCCAGUCCUGCCAGCACGGGCACUGAGAGCAGCUUCUUGCUGAGUACUGGGCAAACGCAGGCGUCGGAUCGGGAACUGUUCGAACUGCCCGCGAAUCGUCCAAUGACUGUGAUCAAUCAUCACCCGUGUAUGUGCCCGAAUCAUGUUCAUAUGAUCGAUAGUCAACACCAGCGCGGUAACAUGCAUAUGGAUCAUCGAUGUCGGUCCUUCGUGCCGUCGGAAUACAUUUGA